AAAGGAAAGGAAAUGGCGUGAAAGACAGAGUCGGAAAAUCGCAGGGCCAUUUUACGUUAAUCCAUGCUUAAGAAAUUAGUACAGAACUCCUCUGUUUUAUCCUCCAAUUCCUUCUGCAUUUGGGAUCUCCCACUUCUUCUUCCACUCAGGCAAGCCCUAGCGGAGCAUCAUGUCGCCGUCUGCCGUCGAAGGCUUCGACGCCGACGGCGGAUGUGCAUGUGUUGCUAGACAGAAUGGGGAUGUUGAAUCAGCUGGUAACUGUAAAUCUGGUGAGUCGUAUUGCCAACAUUGUGGUUGUGGUUCGGCGGAUUCCUCUUCUUUGCCGGCGUUUUCAUGCUCUUCCUCUUCUCUUUGGUUCGAUUCGAUGCGGUUGAGAGAGUCCGGGAAGCUUUGGCGGAUCCUUGUUGCUUCAGCUAAAGGCUUCACAAUCGGAGCUGGUCUGAAAGGUGGACUCUCCCUCUUCUCGAUCCUCGCUGGAUUGAAGCGGAGAAAGGCCCUGGCCUCUCUCAGGAAGAAAGGAGUGAUUACGAAUCGAGAUGCAAUUUCCAUGGCUUUGAAGGAGACUUUGAGAUACGGCCUCUUUCUUGGCACCUUUGCAGGUACCUUCGUUUCCAUCGAUGAGAUAAUCGGCAAUCUGGCAGGGCAUCGUAGGACUGCAAGAUGGAGGGCUCUAUUAGCGGGAGCAUUAGCUGGGCCGUCAAUGCUCCUGACUGGGUUAAAUACGCAGCAUAAGAGUUUGGCUAUCUACAUUUUUAUGCGUGCUGCGGUCUUGGCAUCGCGCUGUGGGAUUAAAAGCAAGCAGCUUGGGCAUAUUUGUAAGCCUCUCACGUGGUCAUAUGGUGACAUCUUCCUUAUGUGUCUCUCCUCUUCGCAGAUCUUGUCUGCUUAUGUGUUAAAGCAAGAUAGCUUACCACCAUCGUUUAGGUCAUUUCUCAAUACACAUGGUGGAAAGGACACUGUAAUCUUGGAAGGUUUAAAGAGUUUCGUAUCAGGCAUGCCUUCUUCUAAUAAAUUUGAAGUAAUAGAAAAGUACUACAGGGCCAUGGGUGCAGACACCAAAUUGGAUCUGCAAAUGAAGACCCCAUGCACGAUUAUACAUGGAAAUCAAUCAUGUGGUGGGCAUUUUAUUUCCUUUCUCAUUCAAGGAUAUAAAAGAGCGUUGCCGGUUUAUCUCCCUGUAUAUCUUGUCCCAGCCCUAAUAGUGCACCGUCAAGAUCUCUUAAAUAGGCCUAACGAAAUUUUAGCAAGGGGGCUUCUAGGAACUGCUAGAUCAAGUUUGUUCCUUUCUUUAUACUGUUCAUCUGCUUGGAUGUGGACAUGCCUGACAUCGAGGACUUUCAAGAAAAUAAACAUCCCCUUGGUUGCUUUGGCAACGUUCUUAACGGGUUUGGCUCUGGCCAUUGAGAAGAAGAGCAGACGGAUUGAAAUCUCACUCUACUGCCUUGCAAGAGGUAUAGAGAGCUUCUUCAUCUGCGCGACAGAUGCAGGAUACCUGCCCCAGUCGUUAAAUUUUAAGAGAGCGGAUGUGAUAGUUUUCAGCUUAUCAACUGCCAUUAUAAUGCACUGCUAUGCACAGGAAAGAGAGGUAUUUCGAUCCAAGUACUUGAACGUUCUUGAUUGGGUUUUUGGCGUGCCUCCUCCCCCCUGUGAAACCCCGCGCUGCACAAAUAGCAAGCAGCACUGAGACAGGCCUUGGAUCUCUGGGUUUUAGGGUGCCAAAUAUGUGUAUAUUUGGCCAAGAAUUUUCAUUCUCUAUAAUAAUAUUGUAAUAUUUAGGUGGUUAAGGUUAAAGAUACUUGAUAUAGAAUUAGCAUUCAAUCAUUUGACUAGAUGAUUCAUACGAAGAUGAAUACUUUCCCACAGUGAGAGAUUAAUUGAUGGUUUUUGCAUUCAUCGCUUUUUAAAUUAAAGUUGUAAGAGAUGUCUGGUCAGGUUGUUAGAUGAUUAUAUUUAUGUUAAACUACAAAAGUUCAUCCUUUAA